AUGGCAGCCACCCCAGCCUUGGAGACUGUCCCAGAACUCCGGUAUGAGGAGAUGACUGGAGACGAGUUGGCGCAACAGGUUGCCGACUUGAUGGGAAUGCCUGUUGAAGAAGUGAAGGAGAAUGGAGUGCAAUCCUCACUGGUUGCACUGCACCUGGCUGGAAGAGUGCCUGAGGAUCGCGAAGACCUGAUUCGACUGGCGACUGGCGAAUCCUUUGUUCGCCCGACUGCCUUCACCAGAGUGUCUCCCGAUCCGAAUGCAGGCGGAGUGCUUGUCGUGGAAGUCCCAAUGGACCUGACUGGCUCUCAGCAGAUUGAUGCUGCAAUGGGAAUCAGAUUGGAUGACUUCGUCACUGUCGACCGCCAGGAAGAGCUUGAGAAGAUUGAGAAUGAAAGAAUCAAGGUUGCUGACCGACUGAAGAAGGCCCAGCUUGCACUGGCAGAGGCUGUGUACAAGCGGGAAUGGAGCGACGAAUGCCCCAUCCUGUCCAUCCUCUUGCCGGGCACCAGGAGUGGAGGACUGUCUGGAUGUCGAUUUGAUCGCCCGGACGAGCACAGCACUGGUCCAAUGUCCAGCCUGAGAUUGCGAAUGAACUCUCUGGGAAUCAGGACGACUGUUUCCAACAAUGUCAAUGAGUGCAUGAUGGAGACUGGAUGGUGGGCAAUGACCAAAGCUGAGCGAGUGUUCCUUACCAAAGGAAAAUGGGAGAUCAAAUGGUGCCUGGACCAGAAUGUCAAGGAGAACCUGGUCCAUGAUCUGGUGAAUGUCUACGACUGGAUUCUCCUGCCAGCAAGCACUGGAGAACGCUACUUCCAGACUGGCGAGAUCGACUUGAGCCGCUUCCCGUGCCACCAGUUGAAUGGCAGCUUUUGCGCGCUGGCUGCAAUGCGCAAGACUGUGCAAUGGUACUGCCAAGGAGUGUUUGAUGAGAAUGCUCCGUAUGAGCGACUGGUUUAUAUCCUGCGGCGAAGAUCGGCUGGAGAAGCUACCCGUGAACGGACGGGAGUGUCCACUGGAGCCAGGAAGCAAAAGUUGAACAAUUAUUUCAACCGACAGUUCACUGACCACAUCAACACGCAGAAUGGAUUCUUGGUGGAGAAUGAGGUGAAGACUGUUCCAAGCAGAUGGGUCUGGAUUGUGCCGACUGAGGCCUCCAGACUGAGCAUGGGCAUCAUCAGAAUGUCCUACAAUGAUGCAAUGAGCUACACGAGGACUGGCCCUCAGCUCCUCUGCCUCUCAGAGAUGGAGGACUGGAACAGGAAUGCCACCAUUCCCCACAAUGGCCUGAUCGAAUGGAGGCUGAUGGGACACACAAUGGUCCCGACUGGCCAAGCCUACGGUUCGGGCCUGGAACAUGACUGUUCCACAUGGGAUGAAAUGUAUGGCGACGACGAUGGUGAGGACCAGAAUGCCUGGAAUGCCCCGACCUCCUCGACUGCGGCAUCCAAGAAGAAUGCAGGAAUGACCUCGCCGGGAUCAGGACCAGCGACUGUUCUCUCGCAGGUCGCGAAUGCACUGAACCCCGGAGCUGAAGUGGUUCUUCGCAUGAAUCGGAAUGCAAAGAACCCGGUCAUGAAUGUCAAGUCUGUCAAGAAGUGA